UCAGCACGGAAUUUGUACUGAAUGAGAGAGUGGUGAAUGUGUCGCUGAACAUUUAGGGGGAGGAAGAAAAAAGGCAGAGAAUUCUGGGGGGCUUUACUAUUUAAAAUGGACCUAAACGGAGCGGGAACAAGUAAAGUGAGCUGGUCUGUUGAUGUGGCUGAAACCAGGGGAGAGUAACCAAAAUCUGGAUACUGUGUCAGGCUUUGCGGCUGGGCGGCCCACCUUUCAGCGCAUUAGGUGGAUCAAGAUCAAGGCCAGAGGACGACGGUGAGGAUGGGAGGUGGAGGCCAGCUGACGGAGCCGGGGGAGCCGGGCGGCGGGCGAGACGGGGGCGUCUACACCUGGGAGGAGGUGCAGAGCCACAGCAGCAGGAACGACCAGUGGCUGGUCAUCGAUCGAAAGGUUUAUAACAUCACUCAGUGGGCCAAGAGGCAUCCGGGAGGGUUUCGUGUCAUCAGCCACUACGCUGGAGAGGAUGCCACGGAGGCGUUCACUGCCUUUCAUCCCGACCUAACAUUUGUGCGAAAGUUUCUGAAGCCCCUGCUGAUCGGAGAGCUGGCAGCGACAGAGCCAAGCCAGGACCGGAACAAAAAUGCGGCAAUCAUACGGGAUUUCCACUCUUUACGUGCGCAGGCGGAGAGUGAGGGUCUGUUUCGAGCUCGCCCUCUAUUCUUCUGCCUCCACCUGGGUCACAUCGUGCUGCUGGAGGCCCUCGCCUGGCUGAUGAUAUGGCUCUGGGGAACCAACUGGAUUCUGACGUCUCUGUGUGCGGUCAUGCUGGCGACUGCUCAGUCGCAGGCUGGGUGGCUGCAGCACGACUUUGGCCACCUGUCUGUCUUCAAGAAGUCCCGCUGGAAUCACUUGUUGCACAAGUUCAUCAUCGGCCAUUUAAAGGGGGCUUCUGCCAAUUGGUGGAAUCAUCGCCAUUUCCAGCAUCACGCCAAACCCAACAUCUUCAGAAAGGACCCUGAUGUCAACAUGUUGAGCGUCUUUGUAGUUGGAACCACCCAACCAGUGGAGUACGGGAUUAAAAAGAUCAAACACAUGCCCUACAAUCACCAACACCAGUAUUUCUUUCUUGUGGGACCACCGCUGCUCAUUCCAGUUUUCUUCCACAUUCAGAUAAUGCACACCAUGAUCUCCCGCCAUGACUGGGUGGAUCUGGUUUGGUCCAUGUCAUACUACCUUCGCUACUUCUCCUGCUACAUACCCCUGUAUGGCCUGUUUGGCUCCUUGGCGCUCAUAAGCUUUGUCAGGUUUCUGGAGAGUCACUGGUUUGUGUGGGUGACUCAGAUGAAUCAUCUGCCGAUGGACAUCGACCACGAGAAGCACCAGGACUGGUUAACCAUGCAGCUACAAGCCACCUGCAACAUCGAGCAGUCCUUCUUCAAUGACUGGUUCAGCGGACACCUCAACUUUCAAAUCGAACACCAUCUGUUUCCUACGAUGCCGCGCCACAACUACCACCUGGUGGCCCCGCAGGUCCGUGCACUGUGUGAGAAACACGGGAUUCCUUACCAGAUGAAAACUCUGCGGCAAGGCCUCGUUGAUAUUGUCAAGUCACUGAAAAACUCAGGAGAUCUCUGGCUCGAUGCAUAUCUCCAUAAAUGACAAUUUUUAAUUCCCUUUGCCGUAUUUAAAAGGAGUGAUGUUUUUCUCCUCCUCUGCAUCAUAAAUCGAUUGUAUCUGUUUGGUUUUAUAAUUAUCCAGUAAAGUCUGAGAAUGAUCUUUUCUCCCUGUUGGUGUUAUAGUUAAGUCUUGGCUUCCUUUUCAGAUUCUGUGCAGGAUUUCUUUUAGUUUUACAGUAUCUUGAACAACAGUAGUAUGGUGUUAUAAAUACAAUAAUGAAAAUUGAUUGUGAGUUAUGUAAAGUGAUGUUUUUUUCUUUAUCUGUGAUUGUCUGAACAAUGAAACAUGACAGUUAUGCUGAUAUAUGACAACUCCAGUGUAACAGGGUUAAAAUGUGCUGCACUUGUAAUUGUCUUGUAUCAAACUUAAAAUUCCCUCUUUAACUGCAACUCUUUUCUCAUCUUCUGAUACAUCAAUAAAGAAAAUGUGUCAACUGUU